AAUAGAAUGCUAUCAUCUUCAGGAAUGAAAUCAUGACAACCAAUAACCAUGUUUUUAUCUUCAGGAAAACUACUGCGCUACAUGAGUAAUUUGAUAAUCCUCUAUGACUAUCAUGAAGCACCCCCGUUUUUAACAGGGAAUCCUCACAUCAAAUCUGGAUAUCGUGGAUAUUUACCAACUAAACUGUGCUUCAGAUCAUUGUUCACUUUACACAAUGAGUCAAUCAAUGUCUGGUCUCAUUUGCUGGUUGGCCUGUACUUCUUCUACCAAUAUUUUAUGGAUUUCUCAUUGAUAACGAAUGAGGAACAUGCAACAAUUUAUGAUCAGUUGGCAUUCAUAUCUAUGGUCAUAGCAAUACAAAUUGCAAUGUUUGCGUCUGCUGCAUAUCAUCUGUUCAAUUGUCAAUCGCAGGAUGCACAUUCAAAAUUCCUGCUAAUUGACUGCAUUGGAAUUGCUAUUGGGCUCUCUGGAUGCUUUUUUCCUGUUAUGCACUAUGCAUUUUAUUGCUUUCCUGAGCUAAAAAUUUUCUAUGGUGUAACAUUGGGCGCUGUGUUUGGCGCUGCUGGCUACUUCGUCACUCGACCAUGGUUUGGUGAUAAAAAUAGCACAUACUUCAGAAUAGUAACUUACUCAUUGGUGUCACUUUCUGGAAUUAUUCCUUCGGCUCACUGGGUUAUACUCUAUGGUGUAAAGUCUGAAAUCGUUGCUUUGUUUUUACCAAGAAUAGCACUACUCUACUUCUUUGGAGGAACAGGAGCAUUCUUUUACGUUACAAGGCUCCCUGAAGUAUUACUGCCUGGAAAGUUUGAUAUCUUUGGUCAUAGUCAUCAAAUAUGGCAUGUUUUUGCUGCUAUAGUUUUCAUAGUUGGGCAUAAAACACAGCAAGAUUUAUUUCUAUAUGUUACAAGUCACAUAUGCCCUACUUAAUGAACUCUAGGAGAUGUGAUUUCUAAUAGUAUUACUACUGUACUAUUAGUUGAUUACAAAAGAAACACAGUUUAUUAAGUUAAAUUUGAUUAUAACUACUGAUUUGACUAUAAUUUCUUACACUUUAAUCAGAGAAACAAUAUAGCUAGGAUUGGAAAUUAUGACAUUAACAGUGCAGUUGUCGUUUCUUAAGUCAUGUUAAAGAGUUGAAAGGGAUAGAUAUCGAGUGGUUAAUCUAUUAUGAUAUUAUGAAUUAUUUGUUGUACAGCAUUGUUCGGUGAACAAAUAGAGUAUUAAUAGUGUCUGCUUAGUAGGUUUGCUAUCUUUGCAUUGAAGGUAUUUUAUUCAGUGAAUUUAUUGCCAAUUACCGUUUCUUAAUCUAUAUUAUGAUGAUAUCUAUAAAUAUAAUAUAAUUAAUAAUUAUAUAUUUUGUUUCAACUG